AUUUGUCGUGGAAAUGAUAAAUCAGACAAAUACCCCGAUGAAACGACAAGAAAUGCACGUAAUCAAAUGGUUGAAGAAGCUCAGAUGAUGAGUUACUAUGUGCACGAGCAUAUUGUCGAGGUUGUGAGAAGGAAUUUUUUUUAUGGUUUGGCUUGCGAUCGUGCACCUAUUCUGAUCGUGAUGGAAUAUUGUCCAGGUGGCAAUUUGGAGUCACAUCUCAAAAAACAAAAGGAAUGUAUAGAAGUUGGCGAGCGAGUUAUAUAUGCUUUAGAGGUAAUACUCUUUCACACACAAAUGGUGAAAUGGUGUAAAAGUGUGUGUGUGUGUGCGCCUAUACGGUAUAUGAUUGUAUGUAUGGACGUGUUUAUGUGUGUAUAUGAGUGUGGAGGAUGUAAUAUGAAAAUAAACUGUGUAGUGCUGUCUGUAUGGCUUGACACAAUGAUUCUACAGUACGUCUACUAG